AUGAGGCAAUCUCCAUCGCAACGCCACCAGGACGGCAACAUCCAGGGGUCCUGCUGGCAAGGCUUGACCAGAGCAGUUUCGCCCGUGUUUCGGGACUCGGGCUGCAGCGGCUGCGGCGGGGAAGCGAGCGAGAAAGGCCGACAGGCCAAACUGCGCGAAAACGUAUGGUUUCGUGUGUCCGGCCGACACGCGGCCGACAUGAGCCAUUGGCGCUGCGUAACCGGGCCGACAAUGGCCGACAAAGGCCGACAACAGGUCCGGUGUGCUGUGGAAGCUUCGCGGACCGAGUCGGAGAAGGGCUGGCUGGAUCCUGGCCCAUUCACGAAUGGUGCCAAAGGUGAGUGUGCAGAGACGGCGGAGGUGGUCACUUCCCUGGCCCCGGCCCUCGACAUCGAUGCGCUCUUCAGCGGCCAAGGUCGUGGGCCAGAGGUCCUGGGCGCACCCAAGGAGGACGAUGAGGAUGACGACAUGGGUGGCUCUUCGCACGGAGGGGCCGUGGAGGUGGAUGUGGCCGGCAUGAUGCGGUGA